CACAAGCUCUUGCCACGCUCAACACGGUGUACACAGACAGGAGAGGGUAAACGGGGCGAAAAAAACUACGGUCUUUGCUCUUUGGGAGAACCCAGGUCCGGGGCAGAGAUCGAGCAAGAACAUGGCGUCCAUGAUCAGCGGAGACUUCGCCGAGGCCUACGUGCGGAAGAACGCCUGCAGGGAGGAGGAGAGGAGGGCAGAAGCGAAGACCGCCGCCGAUGGCGGCUCGGCGGUACAAGGGGAGAAGACGGAGAAGGCCGGCGGUGGAGCAUCAGGGAAGAAGACUGCUGCGGAAGAAACUGGCGGCAAGGAAGACGGGGGAGGCCUCUUUGGGUUGAUCAGGAAGAAGGUGCAUCCCAAAGCUGCUGCUUCUUGAGGCCGUUUGAGCUGCUGCUGCUGCUGCUAGUAGGUACUACGUAGUAGCAUGAUCAAGCAGUACCACGGUAGGUACUUGCAGGUCACUGCAACUGCAAGCAUGCAAGGAAGAAUUAAUUCAUUCCUGGCCAUCUUGUAACAAUCACCCGGAUUCAGCGCUCUUCCUUGUGGAAUAAACCUGUAUGCAAGGCAACUAUGUGCGGAUGUGUUUGCUUGUUUGUUGAACAAACUUUGUCCAUCAA